AUCCCUUCCGCUGCCAUUGUUUGGGGGGAGGGAAAACAAGCCGGAAGAGGUUCCACGGGCCACUGGAGGUCGUUCGCACACAUACACACGCGCGCGCACAAAAAAAAAAAAUAAAAUAAAUAAAUAAAUAAAAUAAAUUAAACGCGCACUGAAUGGCUGUCAUGGCGCUGAUGGGCCUCCCGUCUGAUGGUUAACGAGCGCGUCUACACUAACAUAGCCGCUCGCGGGAACGCGCGUGACACACGCAGAGCCGUGAGCGCGGUUUUGAGUCAGGCUCGUCAGACUCAGUCUCAGCUCCUUGAGUGUGGUUCUCGUCUUAUAACGCACGGAGAGCGCCGCGGUUUUUCUCCGCAAACAUGGGGAAUGGAAUGAACAAGGUUGUUCCUGGUUUGUAUCUGGGAAAUAUAAGAGACUCAGAAAACAGAGAGAGUCUGUCUGGGAAUGGAAUCACGCACAUCUUGUCAGUGUGCAACAAUGCCAAGCCAGUGUUGGAGGGCAUGACCUACCUGUGCAUCCAAGCAGCAGAUUCAUCCAACCAAAACCUGUUACAGCAUUUCAAAGAGUGCAUUCGCUUCAUUCAUGAGUGCCGUCUCAGUGGGGGUGCCUGCCUGGUGCACUGCCUGGCAGGUGUGUCACGCAGCACCACCGUUGUCGUCGCCUACCUAAUGACCGUCACCAGCUACAGCUGGGAGGAGUGUCUCUCAGCUGUCAAGGCUGUCCGCUCCUUUGUGGGCCCCAAUCUGGGCUUCCAGCAGCAGCUGCAGGAAUUCCAGAUGACUUUGCUGUCGGAGUACCGCGCCUGGUUGCGGACCAGCUACAGACCUAGUCCCUUCAAGGACCAGCAGCAGGUAGGUGAACUGCUGAGGCAGUAUGCAGAGCAGCAGCAGUUGGAGCAUCAGCGCAACGGUGACCACAGCUGGAUGAACCAGGCCACAAGCAUCUACCCGCUGCCCUACAACGCCUACAGCUCCAGCAGCCACAGAUGAGCUGGGGGCCUUCUAGAAUGUCUGCGCUGGGAACUGGAGUUGGAGAGAAGCACAAGUGUCUCCUGCACAUGCCUAGACAACUUGCGGAAGCUUUACAGGGCACUUUGAUACCGCACAGCUUUUUUCAACCACCCAAACCUGCAUAUCGUACCUAUAGCCCUUCCACGUCUUUCUUGUACUGUAUUUUCACAUCUAAGGUGAACACUGUACACAAACUGGCCUAAAAACACUAUUCAGCAAACAGGUUUAGCCUACAUUGCAGGUGAGAAGAGAAACAGGCCUCCUGAAGGAGAUGACAGUUGAACAAAGGGAUGUGAAUUUCUCCACUGACUCAGAUGGUUAUAUUUUACUUCAGGUGCCAAAAGUGACAAUCGCCUGAUGUGCCUGUAUGUUUCGGUCAUGUAAAAGUGUCAGGAAUGGGAGAACGAAACCCCUCCACGUCACACUGAUGGUCAGUUUCAGCUUGAAAGCCAUACAAGUCUAUGAAAUAUGCAAUGUUGUAACAAUGACUACUGAUUGUGGAUUUAUAAAGUGUAUCAUUUAUGUGAGAGCCAUAACAGUUUAUACAGAGUAAUUACAAACCCUAAUUUGAAGUGCUCUAAACAAGGGGGAGGAAGAAAAAAAAAAAAAAAAAAAACUUUAUAGAUAUAGUAGUAUGAAGUGUUAAAAUUGUAAGUGUAAAAUAUUUAACAUUUUACAUUGUCAGUAAAAAACCCGCAUAAAUACUGCUAAUAAAUGCUACA